CUUAAUCUCUAAAAAUAAAAUUUUAUGCUGGCUAGGCAGAGCAAGAAAAAGCUCUCAGCUUUCAAGUUUGAGUCAGCAUUCAAAUUCUCGACCACUGCUUUGUCAAGUUCAUCUUUCUCCCAAUGCGCGAAAGAACCCAAGAACCGUAUUGUUCAAUGCAUUAUGAACAAUCCCCACCCAGAAAUAUCUGGGUUUUUUCAGAAAGGAUUUUCGCAGAUCACCAAACAAUUUGUGGGAAAAGCGCUGCAUGCUGUGUACGUAAAGGGAUGGACUCACUUGAGCAUAUUCCAUACAAACACAUUGAUGAACAUGUACUCGAGAUUUGGGAACAUUGAGUGUGCCAGACAGGUGUUUGAUAGAAUGCCCGAGAGAAAUGAAGCUUCUUGGAAUAACAUGAUUUCUGCAUAUGUGAAAUUGGGAUUCCACGUAGAUGCUUGCGGUCUGUUUCUUGAGAUGUGGGAUCGAGGAUUCGAACUAAAUGGGUACAACGUUCCGAGCUUAUUAACGGCAUUUAGUAGGUCGGGUAGCAUGUUUCUUGAAGGACUUCAAAUUCAUAGCUUAGUUUUGAAGAAUGGUUUGGUAAGCAAUGUUUUCGUGGGCACUUCUCUUUUGCAUUUCUAUGGCGGGUAUGGACUUAUUUUUGAUGCCCGGAUGCUCUUCGAAGAGUUGCCUGAAAGAAAUGUCGUUUCUUGGACCUCCUUGAUGGUUAACUAUGCGGAUAGUGGAUUAUUCCACGAGGUUAUUAAUUUAUACCAGAAAAUGCGGCUCGAAGGGGUGAGUUGUAAUCAGAAUACCUUUACUACGGUUAUUAGUUCUUGUGGGGCUCUAGAUGAUGAAUAUUUGGUUAAUGAAGUGCUGGUUCAUGUUGUUAAAUCAGGACUUCAAAAAGACAUCUCUGUUGCGAAUUCUCUUAUAUCGAUCUUCGGCAGUUACAGCAAGGUGGAAGUUGCCAGUUAUAUAUUCAAUAACAUGGACGAGCACGACACUAUAUCGUGGAACUCCAUACUCUCGGCCUUUGCUCAUAAUUAUCUUUCCGAAGAGUCGCUUCGAUAUUUUCAUUUAAUGCGUCUUAAUCACGGAGAAGUAGAUGAGAACACACUUUCCAUAAUGCUGUCAGCCUGCCAUUCGGCCGAAAAUUUGAAGUGGGGUAGAGGAAUUCACGGUUUACUGUUGAGGCUGGGAUUGGAGUUGGACAUCUGCAUAUCCAACACUCUCCUCACUAUGUAUUUCGAGACGGCAAAAUACGAAGAGGCAGAAAAGCUGUUCGACCGUAUGCCACUGAAGGAUUUGAUCUCUUGGAAUUCCAUGAUGGCAGGGUAUGUUUCGGGGGGCAAGUGCUCAGAUGCCUUGAGAGUGUUGCAAGAACUCCUCCGAAUGCGGAACUUAACGAAUUUCGUUACUUUUGCCAGCGCACUGUCAGCCUGUGCGAACGCUGAAUCUCUGUCUGAAGGUAUAACCGUGCACGCACUUGCAAUUACAUCUGGUCUCCACGAGAAUAUGGUGGUCGGGAAUGCACUAGUUACCAUGUAUGGGAAGUGUGGCAUGACACAAGAAUCCGAUAAGGUAUUCAAGCACAUGUCUGAAAAGGAGUUGGUUACAUGGAACGCCCUCAUUGGUGGUUAUGCAGAUAACGAAGAAGUUGAUGAGGUAAUCAAAACUUUCAAGUCGAUGCGGGAAAAGGGUAUUUCACCAAAUCACAUAACUCUCAUACACAUUCUUGGAUCGUGUAACAAUCCACACAAUCUUCUAAAUCACGGAAUGCCCUUACACGGUCAUAUACUAAUCACAGGAUGCGAAUCGGAUGAAUACGUGAGAAACUCUCUUAUCUCGAUGUACGCAAACUGCGGUGACCUUGAUUCAAGCACCUCUAUAUUUUGCGCGUUGGUCAACAAAACAGCCGCGACUUGGAAUGCAAUGGUUGCUGCAAGGUCUCACCAUGGUCAAUGGGAGGAGGCUUUGAAACUUCUGGUUGAAAUGCAACGGGCUGAAGUGGGUUUCGAUCAGUUCAGUCUCUCCGAAGCACUUUCCGCUUCGGCAAACUUAGCUAUAUUGGAGGAUGGACAGCAUCUACACGGUUUAGCCAUCAAACUCGGUUUUGAUAGCUACCAUUUUGUCACAAACGCUACGAUGGAUAUGUAUGGGAAGUGCGGGGAACUCGAUCAUCUCUUGAAACUGCUUCCGGAUCCGAAAACCCGAUCCAGAUUAUCUUGGAAUAUUUUAAUAUCUGCGUUUGCUAGGCACGGGAGCUUCCAGAAGGCCCGAGAAACCUUCCAUGAAAUGGUGGCACAUGGCACAAAACCAGACCACGUCACCUUCGUGUCGCUCCUAUCCUCGUGCAGCCAUGGCGGUCUAGUACAAGAGGGCGUCGAUUAUUUCGCUUUGAUGAGUGCCGAUUUUGGGGUCACACCUGCAAUAGAGCAUUGUGUCUGCAUGGUUGAUCUGUUUGGACGAUCGGGAAGACUUAGAGAAGCCGAAGAAUUCAUCAAGAAAAUGCCGGUCCCACCAAACGACUUCGUCUGGCGAACUCUAUUAUCAGCAUGCAAAACACAUGGCCAGUUAGAAUUGGGCAAAAAAGCUGCGGAAAAUCUUCUUAUAGCAAAUCCAUCGGACGAUUCUGCUUAUGUACUUUACUCGAACGUAUGUGCAACUUCCGGACGGUGGCAAGAAGUAUUGGGGCUGAGAGUGACGAUGGAAGCCGAAAACGUGAGGAAGAAGCCCGCUUACAGUUGGCUUAACGUGAGGAACAAGAUAAGCACGUUCGGUGCAGGAGAUGGGUCCCACGUUGAGUGGGAGAAGAUACACGAGAAGUUGAUGGAGUUGAGGAGGGAGAUUAAGGAGGCGGGGUAUGUGGCGGAUACCAAGUGCGCUUUGCACGAUACUGAUGAAGAACAGAAGGAAGAUAACUUGUGGGGGCAUAGUGAGAGGCUUGCACUUGCGUAUGGGUUGAUUAGUACGAGGGAAGGUUCGACUCUGAGGAUUUUCAAGAAUCUGAGGGUAUGCGGGGAUUGUCACUCGGUUUACAAGUUUGUGAGCCGUGUGGUGGGGAGGGAGAUUGUGCUGAGGGAUAUGUAUCGGUUUCAUCGGUUUAGCGGGGGCGAGUGUUCGUGUGGUGACUAUUGGUAGUGGUGGGUGGUUGGGGGGUAAACUGAGAGGGGUGAUUGUAUUAUAGAUUGUGUUAUAGUUUCACUCAUCUUUGUGCUGUGCUGCUAUUCAAUGGCUUCAAAAGUCUGGUUAAACCGUUA